GGGCUUCGAAACGACGCCGUGUCGUCGGCUGUGUGUCAGCCGGGGCUUGAGCGGCAGCGUCGGGCAGGAGCGUCCGUCACCAGGCGCUGAAACGGAACCCCUUUCUUCUCCAGCGGACAUCUCGGCACAUUGCGGGGUUUUGUUUUUAACCCCUUCCUCGCCGCGCCCGAAGCCGUUCGUGUGUGGAGCUGCCGAACCGUCGGACUGAGAUGUGACCGCGGUCCCGCCACACUGCAGCGCCGCGGCUAGCUCGCUCAUUCCGGCCGCGUUGAUGCCGCAGCAGCCGGCCGAGCUGCACCAACCCGCCGCCGCAAUUCGGAAAACCAAACCGACCGGACCUGUGCGUCCCGAACCUGCGCCGAAGCCAGUACUUUGACCCGCGUCGCGAGUGUCUCAGUGAGGUGAUUCGUCUAAGGGUGAGCGAAAGUGGAUACAACAAUGGCCGCCGUCGUCAACUACUCCCCACCCUGGUGGGUCAAUCUGCUGCACCGGUUGCCUCACUUCAACUUGGAGUUCCAGAUCGUCAGCAGCGACUUCCAGCCCGAAGACCCUGAGUACCAGAAGUCGGUGCUGCUGCUGGGCGCGGUGGCGCUGGUGUGUCUGGGUCUGGACCUGCUCUUCCUCCUCUUCUACUCCUUCUGGCUCUGCUGCCGGCGCCGCAAGAGAGACGACGCGUCACACUCUCACACGCACUCGCAGCAGCCCAGCGCCGACUGCUGCUGCACCGCCUGGUGUGUCAUCAUCGCCACGCUCGUCUGCAGCGCUGGUAUUGCCGUGGGUUUCUAUGGAAACGGGGAGUCGAGCGAUGGAGCCAGCCGUUUGGCGUACUCCCUCCGUCAUGCCAACCGCACCGUGUCUGGGAUCGAGAAACUGGUGUCCGACAGCGCCGUCGCCUUAAACCAGACGGUGGAGGAGAACCUGGUUCAGCUGGAGACAGCCUACCAGGAGCAGACGGACUACGUUUCCAUCACGCAGAAGCUGCAGGGCCAGCUGGACGAGCUGGUGAAGCUGAUGGUUGACGUCCCUUUCUGGUCCAACACUGACAUCUCCCUGGAGGAUUUGGCCCGUAAGACGGAGGCCUUCGAUUUUUACAGGUGGUUGGGGUACCUGAGCCUGCUGCUGUUUGACGUUCUUAUCUGUCUCCUGGUCUUGUUCGGACUCAUCCGCAACUCUCGGGGAACAUUGAUCGGCGUCUGCUUGUUGGGGGUUCUGACUCUGAUCAUCAGCUGGGGCUCUCUGGGCUUGGAGCUGGCUGCCGCUGCUUCGGCCAGCGAUUUCUGCGACUCCCCUGAUACCUACAUCACCCGGGUGACCAAAGAAAACGCCGUCAUCAACCAAGAUAUCCUGCAGUACUACUUGAGGUGCAGCGCCGGCCAAGUUAAUCCGUUCCAGCAGAGGCUCUCGGGCAGUCACAAGUCUCUGGUGGAGAUGCAGGACGACGUGGCGGAGCUUCUGCGAUCGGCAACGCGCGAUUAUCCCAACACCAAGGAGAACCUGGAGCAGAUCCAAUCUGUGCUGAACUCCACCGAGGUCAGCCUUCACCAGCUGACAGCGCUGGUCGACUGUCGCAGCCUACACAUGGACUACGUCCAGGCCCUGACCGGACUCUGCUACGACGGAGUGGAGGGGCUGAUCUACCUGGUCCUCUUCUCCUUCGUCACCGCCCUCAUGUUCUCCUCCAUCGUCUGCAGCGUGCCGCACACCUGGCCCAGCAAGAGGACGGACAACGAGGACGGCGAGGACGAGUCGGGCGCCUCGCGGGGCGGCGUGCACGAUAACCUGUACCGUGUUCACAUGCCCAGUCUCUACAGCUGUGGUUCCAGCUACGGUAGCGAAGCUAGCCUGCCCGCCACCGCCCACACUGUCAGCAAUGCCCCCGUCACUGAAUACAUGAGCCAGAACGCAAACUUUCAGAACCCCCGGUGUGAGAACACCCCCUUGAUUGGCAGGGAGUCCCCUCCACCCUCUUACACCUCCAGUAUGAGGGCCAAGUAUCUGGCCACCAACCGACCGGACCAGAACCGACGCUCCGUUCCCAACGACCAACUGGACCCCGGCAGCCGGCCACACUCUGCCGCACGACCACAAUCGUCCGUCCACUAAUGUCGGCCAUUGUUGCUCCUCAACGACGGCCUCCAGAAUCCACCGGGAUCCCAAACGCCAAUAUAGCCCACUGCACAACUGAAGCGCCUUUGCUCACACCUUUUCCCUGCUAGGGUCCGUGCACUGCCCCCUAGUGGACAGUAUUCCACAUGACAUACACUGAACAGAUGUAAAUAGUGUACUCAUAAGUAGAAUCAUUACUGGUAACGUGGUGUGUGGUAUGUCUAUACUGUAGUUCUCUCUCUCUCGAGCUACGCUCACAACAAACGCGACAAGCGCUAUCGCACGCAAAAUGACUUCCCUCAUCUCUCAAGCUGCAUAGCACUGUCAGUCAGUUCUCUAGCGGAGAUGCAGGGGUGGACAUGAGCGCAGAGAGCUAGUGUUUAAAUCCUUGCAUUGCUUCCACGUAAUCGCCACAGAAACCACACGCUAGUUGCAGCCAAAGCGACAAGCUUUGCUAGUAGGACGAGAUUUACAUGAUCGUCAAACUCAACAGCAAGGGCCAUUGUUUCGCUAACAUUGCACCAUGGUAGAUUUUUUAAAUAUUCUGUUUGCUAGAAUAAUAACAGCACGUCAACGUGUGAAUCAGUCGCUUUUGAUGCGCGUGCAUCGCGUUUGGUGUGAACGUACCUUCACACAGGCGCACAACAAUAUUUAGGACAAGCGUUGUUCCGACUGCACACACCUGUAUAAAGAAGAUGCAGUGAACCAGGAAGCCAUGUUUAGCUAGACGCUCCAUCAUCGCCAUCUAACUUGAAUCAUGAGCUUGACAGCAGUGCGUCCGCGUCUCUCCAUGUGACAUCCACAUCUGUAACACAGGCCAGUUGUGAGUGUUUUAACAAACUGUGACGAGAGACGAGGAACACGAGAAGGCUCCAUCUGUGCCAAAAGAACUCUUGCCGGGGAGGCUCGCCCGAUCCUCCCCUUCUUACUGCCUCCACGACGUUUCCCUUCUGCUGUAAAUAGGAACAAAUGAAAGGGACGGGAGCGAGAGAAAGGCUGAGCCGUGGACCGAGAAACGGAAGGGACAACAUGGUGCUACGUAGAAGCCAAGGGGGUGGAGGGGUCACGGGAAGGACUGCUUUUUUUCUAAUUAUGAUUUUGCAAAAGGGAUUGAAACCCUGAGGUUGUAACAUAUUGAUUUAUGUUCAUUCAUACUGUGACAAAACUGUAGUGAUCUUUUUUUUUUUUAUUGUUUCUUUUGACCCUGUGGUGGAGGAAAGCGGAUACUUCUGUUGCACUGUUUACUCUGAUAUUCCAGCAGCUGAAGUAGCUGCGUGCAAGCCUUUCUGGACUCUCAAAAAUACAUCAGGAUAUAGGCUGUUAUGGGAAAUGUUCCUGCUACAAAUUCUAUUCUGGAAUGAUCUGGGUAGUCGGCGAUGCCAACUGGGCUUUGUCUUCACUCCGCCUCGUGGUUUUUGUCCCGGAGUUCUGCGGCAGCCUUACAAGUCUGGUAAAAGUUUGCCGUAAGAUGCCAGUUUACUCUUCAUUCGGGGGGGAAAAAACAUCUGCACAAUAUGUGAAGACUGCAGUGUGGUAGAUUUAGUCUCUCUGGCCAUAACGCCCUCAUCUGGACAGAGUGGGUACUGAAAAAGGUGUGAGCUGUCGCGGCAAGCGCUGAAUUGGAGUGGAGGCCCUCAAUUCACCCUUAAUAGGAAAACUUAAUUGUGCCCUCCGUUGGGCGCCAACAAAAUAGGUCAAACAUGCGGGACAAGUCCAGAAGGAUGGUGUUUAUCAGUGGGUCAAAACUUGUUUGAGAAGCUUUUACUCUUUCAUACCACAGUCAUGCUGGUGGUGGUGAGCGAUGCCUGCAGCCAUAGCUGCCCAGUUACAGACCAUGACCCCCACCAUGAGGCAAGGUAGAGGCUUGGCACCGUCCUUCACAUUUCCCGAUGGCCCACUCACUUUUUAUGGCGCAUUGCUCCCUGCCGAUAACCACACGCACCCGUACUGUAGCAGGCUGGAUAUCCAGAAAAGAUUCCUUGAGAAUCAAAGCAAACUCCAUCAGAAAUUAUCUGCUUCUCUCCACCACAACCCCACGAGCACAAAAACGCUAGGAGGUGAGUCGGCCAGUGUGUGAAGGCAGCGGCGCCUGUGCGUAGGCGAGACUCCGCCGUGGCUGGCUGUCGCUCGAUCUCAGUGUUACUGUGAGGAAUCGGCGUUGGCAGUCAUUUCCGCACAUACACUUGUAAAAUGGCUCUGACCUGCUUUUGACCUCAUCUAGAUGUGUCGCUGUGGCGUCAACCGCUGCAUUGCAUCACCAGUGGUGUAGUAGUGAGUAGUGCACCAUUCCUGUACAGCAUUUUAGAUUCUUCAAUGACCACUUCUCGUCUACGCGAGACAAUCGGUGUGACUUAUUAGAGAAAUCUGAGCUACCAACGUCUGGGUCUCCUCACUGAUCUAUGGCCUUUCAUAACGUUUUUAAGCGCUUCAUAUCACUUUUUUUAUUUCCCGUCUUGUACAAACUUAAGGAUACCUAGGUGUUUUUUAGAUCACGAGGAGGCCGCGGUCCUCACUGACUAAUUCAUGGUGAAUGAUUCUGUCUUGCGAUGUUUUAAUACGACUAUUCCAGUGUUGCCGGACCGACCGGUGCGUUCGAUAUCCUUCGCCCAGACGUCGACGGGACAGGAGCUCCGACGCACCUUCGUCCAGAUUUUCUAUGGCUGUUUUUAUUUUCUGAUGGUUAAAAUAAGAACAAUGUUAAUGUACAUGUCCAAACUGUGGUAAUGAUAUACUUCAACCUGGAGUCAAUGUUCCGAAUUAAAGCAACUUUAACAUACGCAUCUGCUGUUUCGAUUCUGAGAGUGCUGGGGAUCGAGGGUGUAGCAGGGCCCCGCAGUUGGGAAGAGCUUUCAGUCCAGUGGACUGAGGACUGGUUCAGGGUUCAG